AUGGACACGCGGGAGGAGCUUAUGGCCCCUGUACAUUUUAUUGACAAGCUGAAUAUGAACAGUAAAGUGGUGCUCAUCUCAGGUGCAUCAUCGGGAAUUGGCGAAGGAACGGCUCUUCGAUUUGCUUCGUUAGGUUGCUGGCUUUCCCUUACAGCAAGAAAUAUACGCGCUUUAAACGAGGUGGCUGAGAAAUGCCGGGCCAAAGGUGUUCCCAAGGACAAGGUUUUGGUCAUAAAAGGAGACAUUACGUCGGCUGACGACGUCACCGCUAUUGUGAAAGAAACUGCGGAGUACUUCGGGAAAAUUGAUAUUUUGCUCAAUAACGCCGGGAUUUCCAAGCCUGCUCCUCUAGGAGAAAUUCCUCUGGAUGAAUUUGACGAGGUUUACAACACAAACCUAUGCUCCGCCGUCAACAUGACACAGCAGGCCCUUCCGUACCUCAAGAAAACAAAAGGAAACAUUGUAAACGUCUCAAGCAUAUCAUCUCUGCGAUGCAUCCUCCUGUUGCCAACAAUGCAGGUACUAUCGAUGAUGGGUUCUUGGCAGGCUCUCGGACGCGUAGGCACCGUAGAGGAAGUGGCCAACGCCAUCGUCUUCCUGGCUUCGGACGACGCAUCUUUCAUCACUGGCCACUUGCUGCCGGUCGACGGUGGUUCUCUCCUCCUUGGAAGCAUGAAACCGCUGUGUUUGCAAGAGGCAAAUGCUGCGUCCACGCUUCCUACUGACAGUGUUGGAACACCUGGGGAAGACGGACAUACGAGUGGGCAACAGUGAUAUGAG